AGGGUAUUAUUACCACGGAUAGAUAACUACCGCCAUAGGGUUAAAACAUUUACCCCGAAAUUCUGACGCCUCUUUAAAAUUACGGAGACUGGAGGCUUGUCCUUGAUUUACCCUGGGGAUGAUGUCGCUACUUCUCUUCGUGAAUACGGCCCAGGACUCGAUUUCCUCAUCAACUACGUGGAUCUGUUUGAUGUAAAUUCCUGCCAGAAAAUCACAAUGCUGUGCUUGUGAAACAUGUAAUCCUUAUGUGCGAUGUUAGAAACUAAAAAUGCUUACAUGACGUCUAAUGGAGUAAUUUACAAUUGUGACAGAUGUGCUUGUCAAGUGACUUACACGAAAGUGGGGAAAAAUGCAUCAUUCUUUAAUUGCUUUAAUGUGGAUGAUCCGCUUGGUGAUUUUGGAAGGCACAAUCGACCUUCAAGUAUUUCCUUUUAAAAUGAACUUGGCAGAGACAUCGACGACCUGCAACUACUGGAUCGUCUGUGAAAAUAAUGACACACUUAUUUUGUCCUCAGUGCCAUCUUGGAAUGCUCCGCAGUUUUGCCUGGAUUUAGGAUUCGAGCAUCUGCGUUGCAGAAACAAAUUCAAAUGUGUCACAUUCAGCAAGCCCGAAUAUCACGGCUGCAUUCCAGUCCAGGUUCAGGCGUUUGACUUGUCUAAUGCAAGUCACGACAUGUUUUUUCUAGGACUAGUGAAUCAUGAGUGUGGUAAAGUCAGUGGAGGAGGAGCUAAGCCACAUAUUUUUCCCAAACCGUUGCGGAUGCAUAACGUCUGUCAACUUGGGAAUUAUUUUUUUCUUUCAAGCCCUGCAUUCAGAAUGUGUUAUUUAUGUAAUCUGUCAUCAAGCCUACAAGUUCAGAUGAAGUUUUCAAACAGUGUUGCAAUGUUCAGAAAGUUUAUACAAGAUCGUUUUUAUGUUAUUUAAAUUCAAAAUAUCUUCAGUAUUCAUCGGUUGCAAAUUAUUUCAAGCUAACCGUUUUACUCGCAAGUAUUUGUAAUGUUGAAGCUUAUUGUUCUGUUUCUAUGUUUUAUAAUCAGUUAGCUUCAGUGGCUAAUAUAAUAGUAGGAAACACUGAAACAAUAAACAACCUGAACCACAGAUUUUGGCCAAUGAGUGAUACUCUCAAUGUCAUGGAAACAACAUUUAAAGAGCGAGAUUCAAACGGUGACAAACAUCAGAUAAGAACAGAAAGAGACUCUACUCCAUACUAUCAAGGAGCGAUUGGACAAUCUGUGAACACUGCAGUACAUCAUCGACAAGACUACAACUUCUGGCAAGGAAAGGCAAGUUUGUCAAAGAAUCGACAUGAUACACUGAAACAAAAGAAGAUAGAAAAUGAAAUGAUGCAAAAGCGAGACUUAAACUUCAAAAAUGGUGUAAAAGAAGUUUCUUCAAAGAGUGUCGCAAGUUUACUUACAGUAAGCUGUACAUUACACCUGGUGGCAGACUAUCUCUUUUAUAAACAUGUGGGUAAAGGUGAUAUUUCCAGAACUGUAAACAUAAUGAAAAAAACUGUCUAUGGUGCUGAUGCUAUCUUUCGUAGCACAGAUUUUAAUCUAGAUGGAGUAGGGGAUAAUAUUGGCUUUAUGAUCAAGAACAUAACUGUACUUUCUAAUGAAUCCAUGGAUUUCUUUUCCUAUUCUAUGGAUGAUACUAACUACAUGGGAUAUCUGCGAAAUUUCUCCCGAGCAAAUUUCAGUGACUACUGCCUUGGAGUUGCUUUCACUUACAAGGAAUUUAAACGAAGCGUAGGUGGUGUGGCUUGGAUUGCAAGCUCCAACACUCAUGUCUACCCAGGAGGCAUUUGUCAAAAACAGCUGUUGAUGAAAAGGGAAAAAGCCUACUUCAGUUUCAACUCUCUUGUUAUCAGUUUUUUCAACCCCUGGCACAUGCUUAAUGCGGAGACAGCAGCACUCACACUCGCCCAUGAGCUGGGACAUAGUUUUGGCAGCACUCAUGAUCAAAUGACAAAUUCCAAAUGCCGUUAUGGGGACCCUGGAGGACACUAUUUGAUGAAUCAUUAUUCCUCAACAGGAGAGCUACCCAAUAACUACAAGUUUUCCCCUUGCAGUAUACGCCUCAUGUACCCAGUCAUUGCUAAAAAGGGCACGUGCUUCUUGCGGUAUGUUGGCAACCACUGUGGAAAUGGAGUGAAGAAGAAGGAGAAGAAUGUGACUGUGGAACUUCAGGAACAUGUGAGUUUAAUGACCCAUGCUGUACACCUGCUGACGCUCCACACGGGAGCUCAGACAUCCCUUGCAGGUGAGAAAUCUCUGGGAAAGAUGUGUUCACCUGCUUCCACCCCAUGUUGCACUAAUGACUGCAAGAUCCUCACUAACUACAGCAAGGUCUGCAAAGAAUCCACAGAAUGUCAUUCUCAGGCUGUUUGUGAUGGCAUUGUACCAUGGUGUCCAGAGCCAGUGAGAAGGCCAAAUGGAUCUAUGUGUGAGAGCGAAACACGAUUUUGCCUUGCUGGACAAUGUGCUGGAAGCAUCUGCAACAUGCAUGGAUUCUCUGAUUGUUUAUGCAUCUCAAAAGCAAACCAGUGCAAGCUUUGCUGCAGAAAGACAAAUUCAUCUCAGUGUUUGCAAGCUGAAGUCCUUGGAAUUCUAAGCACAGAAAACAAAACCAUAUUUCUCAGAUAUGGAGAGCCAUGCUGGAAUUCAGAGGCAGGUUUCUGUGACAAAGAUCAUAAAUGUCUCCCUUAUUUAGACUUUGCAAGUAUGGUUUUUGCUUCUGAAUCUCAAGACAAUUUCAGACUGUGGAUGCUCAACUACUGGCUUUAUUUGUCUGGAGGGCUUGCUUUCUUCUUGGUAUGUAUAUUUUUGUUCAUUAUUUGGUCAACAUCAUACUUUAAAGAUGUGCAUAUGAGGGCCGUCCAGUAUGGACGUAUCCUUGCAAUAAUGAUAAUUUGUGAAGAAGUGCAGUUUAAGCUUCACACUUCAAUGGCCAAUAACGAUAGUUUGCUGGACAACUUGAUAUCCAGAAUUCAGAAUGGGAAUUGUCCUGAAAUAUUUGUCGAAGCCAUAAGUCGACUGAGAACUCUGUUUCCGACAGCUCCUCUCUCUCAUCUCAUUAAAACUGCUUUAGCCAGUACAUCAGAGGACGUAGCAGUCAGAAUACUUCUAGCCAAAGGUUAUCCAAUGAGGCGAUUCUUAACAAAGAAUACCUCAAUAUUUUCACCAGGUGGUGGACCAGAAAAUGGUCCCCAUGGUCAUCAGUUUGAACAAGAUCAACAAAUGACUAAUACUGAUCAACUUGGCUUUUAUGCUCCAUCACAUUUAUCAUGCCAAGACCACCCUGAACAGCCAGAAGACAAAAUUCAACAUGAAACCCAUAGAGCAAGAAACAAAAACGUCAGCUGUUUAGAACAAGAGCUGACUAUUAAUAGACACUUCUUAGUUCAUCAUUUUUCUCAGUCACACAUGCAGCCAUCAGAUAGUGUUCAGGUAAUUCAUAGUACGGAUGUAGUCUACAUGAAUUUAGCAACAAAUAGUGACAAUAUUGAUAAUGUAGCUGCUUCUUCCAAUGAUGGUGACUCAGAUCAUGGUUCCAGCAUUUGUGGAACUUCUGUGGACAGGGAACCAACUGACUUUUCUAUAAGCAUUUCUUCAUGCAGUACAAAACAUGAGACUUGGCUAGACAUGUCACUCAGUGCCAUUAUCAGCACAACCAUGUCCCCAGAAAGUGGACAAGAAGCCAGUGAUGAGCAGUCUUGGUUUAGAUGGUUUGUGCAAAAGCUGUUAGACCCAUUCAGAAAACAAGAAAUACUUCCAGAAACCUCAGAAUCAUGUGCUCAAUGCAUUUCAACAUCAGGGUUAAAAGAAGGGGAGAGUUCAGGAAUAAAAAAUAUGCCAUAGCCAUGAAGCUGCCAUUAGUAAUAACCACAGAAGUCCAAACACAAACUGAAGAUAUCCAGAAGAGUAGCGAUAAACAGUUUUCUUCCACUAAGGAUCUUUAUGUUUCUCUUGUUCUGAAAAAUGAAAAAUUGAAUACAACAUAUCCAGCUGAAGAGGCCUCCUCUUCUUCAUUUUCUGUGGAAAAUUAUUUAAACUACCAUUUUCCACAUUUUGACAACCUGUAUAAUCUAUCUGUGCCUUCUACAUCAGCUGCAGAAGGCUCUGUUAUUCAAAACACUGUUGCUAAAGCAGAAAAUGCAUGUUUCAAGCAAAAGAAAGAAAAGAUCAACAGGAAACAGUGCAUACCCUAUUCCAGAUCCAAGAAAAUAAAUAUUCAAAAGCAGUUCAUAAGCUCCCUACCAAAUAUUUCUAUUUCUGAACCACACACAUCAGUUCUAGUCGAUGUGCCUGUCAUUUCACAAUCUUUAGAUAAUCUUUAAAGUAUUCAUUUAGAGAAAGAAGCCAUUAUUGUACCUUAGCAAAGUAACAUACAAAGAAAAAAGGACAUUGUUAAGUACAGCUAACAGAACAGGCUGGUUGUACCACACAAAAUAGAAGGGGAAGAUUAUAAAGCACUAUACAUGCCCUCACACCUGGAAGAGCCAUCACAUAUAGAAUGAGAGGCUCUCAUCAUCCAUGAAUGUUGAAUACAUGAGAAAUAUCUUUAAAGGGAAUCAGAUGUCUCUGUUAUAUGCCUAAGACUCCCAAGUGUAUGAAUUCUUAUUUAGCAUUUUGUAUUAUUAAAAAAUGAAAUAUCUUUUUACAUGUGAUAAUGAGUGCAUAAACUGAAGGAUUUGUAGGCACAACAAUAUGAAAGUGCAUGUGCAUAUAAUCUAAAUGCUUAAGUGGUGACUAAAGAUGUCAGUGGUUUAUUUAUUUAUGUUUUUUGUUUGUUUUUUUUUGUCGAAAACCAGCUACUACUGUUGGCAGUGAGUAUAACUGUACCUGCUUAACUUCAGGUCUUUCAGAAUAACACGUAUUAAACAUACCAUAAAAAUAACAGCAUUAUUGUGAUGAUGAAGUCAUAACAUCCAAACACAACUAUUGUUUACAGUAUAAAUGGAACUCUCCAAAGUUUAUUAAAGAUUUGUUUUUCACUUAUCCAUUUAUCACAAUUUUUCCUGUUAAAAAUACUUAUUUUAUCAAAUCAAGGUUGUAGACAUGUAUGGAACUAGCUGAAGUUAAAAAAAUAUUUUGUAUAUUAAAAAAAAAAAAAAAAAGCUGUGCUCCUGCAACACACAUAUCUAUACACACACAUGCAUGCAUGUGCCAAAAACAGUACCUGUCAUGUUAAUUUAGAUAAUUUAUAUAUUUUAAUUUUUUAGACCAUCUCUAGAUAAAAUAUAUUGUAUGGCUGUCCAUGGACAAAAAAUGCUUGAACAAAGCAAAUGUUUUCAAUUUACACAUGCAGUUAUAUGCACUUCAUGUACAAAAAAACCUGUUACACAAUGUCAACAAACAGAGUUUAAAGAAAAAUUUUAAUGUAGCCUAAACUGGGACAAACAUAAACUAAAGCUGUUUUCUUUUUUUUAAAGAAAUUCCUCAAGAAGUCCUAAAUCAUUGCAUUUCUAUGUAGCAGAGCUCACUGACAUGAUAAGCAACACGAUUGUGCAAAAAAAAAA